AUGGUGCCUACCUCUCCAAACGGCCACACCACCCCACUCCUCCCAAAGGAGGCGGAGCCACCACAUUCCGCCCCUGUAUUCCGGCGGACAAGGCGGCGGACGCCCUCGUUCUCCUCGUCAUCGCCUUCGAGCUCCUUCGACUCAUCCUUUCGAUCAUCUUCAUUCUCAUUCAACGAUGAAUUCCCUCCAUUUAGCCCAAUUAGCACUCCUCUCAUCAAAUUCAAAGGUGUCCCAUUUUCUUGGGAGCAAAUUCCCGGAAUCCCUAAACAACAUUGCUCAAAGAAGGACUCCUCCGGCCACCUCCUCCCUCUCCCGCCGGCCGGGGCCACCACUGCCUCCGCCGCCAAGAAGCAAGAGGAAAUUUCUCCCAAGAAAAGCAAUAGGUUCCAAAGGGACGAUCCAUUCUUUGCAGCCCUUGUUGAAUGCUCCAAAGACGGCGGCGACGGCGGCAGCGACGACGAUCAUUGCUUGAAUUCCGGCAACAUUGAGAAGGGCAGCUCCAAAAUCACAAGAUCUUUGAGUGAUCGUUUUGGAUUGAUAAACAUGUACACUUCUUGCAAGAGAACAUGUGCCGUUUCCGAAUCAAUCGUCAAUCUUCCAAGACAAACCUCCCAUUACCUUCUCGAUCGUCGAUCCAGGUAA